UUCAGUUUCAGUUUCGGUUUCAGUUCGAGUUGAGCGUGCGUCGGCAUUGGCAGCUACUUCUUCCACUAAGACCGCAUAUUUGAACGUUUGAUCGUUUUGCUUUGGAUCUGAUUGAAUCCAAAUAUAAUUUUGCUCGCAACCGAAGACAGAUCCAGCAGCAAGUUGGCGCCACCCACAAAUCUAGAGCCCUAUACCAUGGCCGUCAUAACGGAGCAUGGCAACCACAACAACAACAACAAUGACGUCAACAGCAACAGAACCAACACGAAGAUUGGUAUUAGAAAACCAAUAACAAAUGAAUCGCCACAUUCCAGCCAGCGUCAGCUGAACGCAGCUCUCACCAUACCCGAGUUCUUUGCCAAGAAAAAUAUUUUCAUCACUGGUGGCACGGGCUUCUUGGGCACAGUUCUUAUUGAGGCACUGCUGGACACACAUCCUGACAUUGGCACCAUCUAUGUACUGGUCCGAGGCAAACGCAAUUUUGAUCCCAACGAGCGUAUUAAUCGUCUUCUCCAGAAGCCGAUCUUCCAAAAGUACAAUGAGAAAACACUGGCCAAGGUUGUGCCCGUGGUGGGUGAGCUGACCGAACCGAACUUUGGAUUUGCCCCCGAGCUGCUAAAGGAGAUCGUCGAGCGUGUGAAUGUGAUCUAUCACAGUGCAGCAACGAUCAGAUUUAACUCGCCACUCCGGACAGCGAUCUUCACGAACCUAACGGGCACAAUGCGGACCAUUGAGUUGGCCAAGCAGCUGAAGCAAUUGUCCGCCUACAUCUAUUGCUCCACAGCAUUUUGCAACAGCAACAAUCGUGGCCUGAUCACCGAGGAUGUCUACAAGUCCCAAUUCGAUCCAUACGAGAUGAUGAAGAUGGCGGAGAACGAUGAGGCCUGGGUUGAUUUCACGCCGGCCAAGUGUAAGGAAUAUCUCAAGGAUCAUCCAAAUACAUACACAUUCACCAAGAAUCUAUCGGAAAAUUUGCUCAUGGCAGAGAUGUCCGGUCUGCCAGCAGCCAUAGUCAGGCCAUCGAUAGUUUACGGCACACUGGAGAACCCAAUGAAGGGUUGGGUAGGCAAUGCCAACUCAGGUCAUUUGGGCUUUUUGGCUGGCUUCGUCAAGGGCAUCUUUCGCACGAUGUGCGGACGUGCAAAUGCCGUCAUUGAUAUCAUACCAUGCGACUACGUUAUCAACAGCUCCCUGGUCAUGGGCUGGUAUGUGGGCACACAUCAUGUUGAGAAGCCCGAGAUAAUCCACUGCACAUCGGGCGAGGUUAACCCCUUGACCCUCUCUCAGUUCUGCGACAUUAUCAAUGACAGUGUGGAGCGUCAUCCACCCAACAGUUUUGUUUGGAAACCAGCGACAAAGUUACGUAACGGCUGGCGCUACAAUCUGUUCUUCUACUUGUUCCAUUUGCUGCCCGCUAUGAUCUUCAUCAUACCGGAGAAACUUUUUGGCAUUGGCAUGCCUCAACACACCGCCUAUGAAUACAUGCGAGUAUUUCAGAAUGGCACCAAGGCUUUCGACUAUUUCCUCGACAAGGACUUCCGUUAUUCAUUAAAGAACGCACUGCGCAUCUCCUCCUUCAUCCAUGAGAGCGAUCGCAAGCGCUAUAACUUUGAUGCCAGCCAAUGCGAUUGGACCGAGUUCAUUGAUCGCUGUCUGAUCGGCAUUCGUCGCUUCUACUUCAAGGAAUCCGCGGUGACCACACAAUGGCAUCGUAACUACUGGAAGGUCUUCAAUGUUCUGCAUUAUGCCGGCUUCGCAGCGAUCCUUGCAAUUCUGUGCUUUGCUCUCACCCCAUUCCUGGGCUUCCAAAUUGGUCUGACCCUGGCUCUGCUCAUAUGGGGCUUUUUUGAUCUGGUUGUAAAGCUACCACAAAUUGAAUCAGCCCGGAUCAUUCACAUUGUGCAAUAUGCAGUCCCAAAAUAACCUCUCACCUUUCACUCACCUUUAACUCAGUCGUCUUCAUAUUGUAUUUUUACUAUAUAGUAAAUUCUCACUUUGAGUACAAGUCAACAACUUUCAGAAGUACGCGAUAAUGUAUAGGCACCAUGAAUCUAAUAAAUAAAUAUAUCAAAUCCAACAAAAGCAACAUACAACAAACAAUGCAAGCAAAUCCAAAACAUAGCUCAAAUCGUAGUCACAUUAACAAAUAGUCCUGGUAUAUAGUCAAAUAGUCAAUGUUUCAGCACUUUUAAUUUACGAAACUAAAUGUAAUCGAUAAAAUAAUAACUGUGUAACUACUAUUGAAAUAAAUAUGACAACUUUAAUAUUA